CCCGCUUUGUGCGCAGUUUGGCCUUCUGCAAGCUCCUGCCUGAGUAUAACUGUGCUCUUUAUUUCACCCCUGACUGACUCCUCUCUUGUUCUCUCAGCCCUGUCUCCCAUUGCGUUUCACCUGUAAUCCAGCUUGGCUUUGUUUUUUUCCCCAGCUUGGCUUUGUUUGUUUCCCCAGCUUGGCUUUGUUUUUUUCCCCUUUGCUCCCUCAGGUGGGUCUGCUGUGCAUGGAUUUGUAUUGUGCUCUCUGCUGACCUCUGCUGGUUGAAUGUGUACUUUUCUUUUCCGAUGGUAUUCUCUGCUGCCCUCUGCUGGUCGUGCUGCAUAUAGGAGCGGGUCCUGGCGGCAAUGUUGGAUGUUCUGAUUGUUGGUGGGGGCCCUCACGCCCUGACUCUGGCCACCCUGCUGGCCCACCCUGAUGUGCGCUGCCCACAGCCCAGCGCAGACAUCCUGGAUGGCAUCCAGCUGAGUCAGCCCAAGGCCAAGAGCAGCCGGGCCAAGGGCAAGAGGAGAGCUGCCCCGGCGGUCGUGUCGAAGGAGGAAGCAGAUCCUGGCCCCGCCCCUACCCUCCCGCUGAACUUCCGGGUGGUAGACUCCUAUGGAGAGUGGGCUACACUGUGGGGGAGCCAGUUCUCUGCUCUCAACAUCCCACAUCUCCGCUCGCACACCCUGGUGCACACUGACCCCCUAAACAAGAAAGCCUUGCAGGACUUUGUGGUGAAACAUGGCCGCACAGGCGAGCUGCACAGUCUCCCGGAGCACGUGUUCAUCCUGGACGAGAACGCCUACUUCAACGACAACCGUCUGGGGAAGAGGGACAAGCGACGUCUGAGCACCAGCGCGGGGCUGAGGAAGAGCCUGUACUUCAGCCUGCCCGCCACCGGGCUCAGCGUGGACUUCUUCCAGGACCAGGUCCGCAGGUAUGGGCUGGACAGUGUCCUAAUAAGAGGCACAGUGGAUAGGAUUAUUCCUGUCGUGUCAGGCCAGUCGACCGUGCUGGAGGACCCUGGUGAACACAAGGAGGCGCUGUACUUCAGAGUGCUGCUGCAAAACGGGGAGGUUAUCGAGGCCAGGAGGGUAGUCAUGGCGACGGGCCCCACCCGGGCUCAGAUGGUCAACAUCCCCGCCUGGGUGUCCGCCAUCACUGAGAGCUACCCGGAGGACCGUCUACAGCACACUGUGCAGCUUAUGCACCAGCAGGCCCACUCCUGGCAGCAGGAAGCAGGAACUCAGCCGCAGGAAGCGGAAACCCUUCAACAGGAAGAUGGAAGUCAACAGAAACACAAAGCAUCUCACAAAGAGGAAGUGGGGACUCGACAACAGGAAAGCAGGCCAAACUCUCCAGCCCCACCUCCCGUUUGCCAUGCCGGGGAGCGGAUGCUGGUGAUUGGAGGAGGCCUGACCAGUGCUCACAUCAUCACUAUCGCCCUGCAGCAGGGCGCCAGUCAUGUGACCUGGGUCAUACGCAAACAUUUACAGCUGAAGCAGUUUGACGUGGGCGACGUGGAGAGCUUGAUCGGGCGCUACUCGCACGUGGAGCACGGCAUCCAGAUGGACGGGCUGGCGUACCUGCGGCAGUUCUACGGCGAGAGGAGCCUGACGCGGCGCCUGGCCAUGAUCCGCCAGGCCAGGAAGGGCGGAGCGGUGACGCCCGAGGCCUACGCGCAGCUCCUGCCCCACAUCCAGAGCGGCCGGCUGGCCGUCAAACCGUACUGCCAGGUCUCAGAAGCCAAGUGGUGCUAUAGGAAGCAGGCCUGGAACAUAUCUCUGAGCUGUGGGCAGAGUUGGACCGGGGACAAGAUCUGGUUAGCCACUGGCUGCAAACUCGAUGUCAACCAAGAUCCCCUGCUAGCUGAUGUCAUCAGAGAAUUCCCUAUUCAGGUCCUGGAUGGAUGGCCAUGUUUGCCAGAGAACCUGCAGUGGGCUCCAGGCUGCCCCCUGUACCUCAUGGGACAAUAUACGGCUCUUCAGAUUGGGCCACAUGCGCUGAACCUGGCUGGGGGCCAGGCAUCAAGCAUACGCAUUGCCAAGGACAUCCUGAGCUGGCACAGGGGGGUCAGAGAGGGACAGAGAGCAGAGCGGGCUCGGACUGAGGACUACAUACAGCAGAUGCAUGGACUGAUGUGGCUAUGAUCACAUGACAUAGUCAUGGAAAGCAAUGAAUCAUGGGAUCCACAUAGACUUCACAUGGACUGCUUCCUGAUUCAUCUUGUCUUAAACAUCACAUA